AUGAACAUUUUGAGUGAAAUAAAGAAAUAGGUGGAAAUAGAAAUGAAAAAGAUUAAAAAGGUACCUAUUCCAAAUAAAACGAUAACUUCUUCUUUAAAGAGAGAAUUAAUUGAUUUGCUGAAUCAAGGGAUGUUGUUGAAAGAUGCAGCAAAAAAAUUAAAUCUGACUUAUCAUGAGGCUAAAAUAGCAUAUAAUCAAUAAAAGAGAAGAUCUAUGAAUAAUUAGAGUGAAACAGAAUCUACAGUCUACUCUCUCCGAACUGCUGGAGUUAAUACUUUAAAAGAGUUCCCAAAACACUUUUUUUUGUAAUAGAGUGUCAAUAAUAGCUUGGUAUCUGUGAGACGGCUAUUCAAUAUAUUGGUUUUGAACCCAAAAAUAUAAUAAUGA